AUGGACUCGAAGACGCUCAUUAUUUUUGUGAGCACCACACUAGCCGUGUUGAUUCCCGGUAUCUUUUUGUAUCGAUUGUGGUUCUCGUCAACUGCAGAAGCGGACAAAAGACGCGAGAUCAAUGAGCCGCAAACGAUAAUUUUUCAUCCGGAGCCUGCCAAGUAUAUUCGAGACCUGGCCAUCGCACUUCCGAAUAGUCUCAUCCUACCGACAGAUGUGCUUGCAUUCAACGCUUCUCUGAAAGUUUGGUUUUCCUCACAGAACCGAGACAUUAUCCCAGCAUGCAUCGUCAAGCCAAAGAGUGAGAAAGAACUCAGCCUGGCAUUGACUCACCUCCGUCGAGAGCAUACAAUCAGAGCCAAAGACCCAGCAAAUGUCGGCCACGGCCUUUUCGCCGUGCGAGCGGGCGGAGCCAACCCUGCUACAGGCAUUUCGGGCGUGAAAGAUGGCGUCAUUCUUGAUCUGUCGCUGCUUUGCGAUAUAAAACCUUCCGCCGAUGGAUCCAGUGUCGUCGUCGGCGCAGGUGCUUACUGGCGAGACGUUUACCGAGCUUUAGAGGCUAGGGGACUAGGAGUUGUCGGUGGCAGGUCCUCACCCGUCGGGGUUGGAGGGUCAACAUUGCAAGGUGGUCUAUCAUUCUGGUCACCUAAAUUCGGGUUGAUAUGCAACAAUGUGAUUAGCUAUCAGGUCGUGCUCGCCGAUGGUAGCAUCGUCACCGCGUCUGCGGAUGAGAAUAACGAUCUAUGGCGAUCACUCAAGGGUGGUGGCAACAACUUUGGCGUCGUCUCUCAAUUCACGUUGCGUAGCUUCCGUGCACCCAAAAACAUCUGGACUGGAACUUUUGCGACUCCUGGAUUUCUCAGCACUCGCACAAUUACAGCGUUUUACGAACAUGGAGAACGCGCCAUGUCAGGCAAGCCUGGCAUGUUUGAUGAGCACGCUUCGACGCCUAUCCUUUCGCUCUCGUACAUCACAAACCUGGGCAUUAAGAUGCACUUCUGCCACAUGGUCUAUACAAAACCGUCAGACAACAACAACGAUUGGCCGAAGUACUGGAAAAAGUCUCCUCUUCGCUCGUUGUGGCGUUUCCAAAAUACGUCUCAAAACGAGUCACUCCAUGAUUCCGUCAUGACGCUGGGCUCCUUAUCUGUUACUGACGACCGCAAUGCUUUUGGCACCACAACAAUCAAGAGCGACCUUGCGACACUGUUGGCUGUGCGACAGAUCUUCAGUGAAGCCACUCCUUCUAUCAAGCAUGUCAAGAAUUGCAUGUUCAUCUACAUCACGCAGAUGGUGCUUCCUCAGUGGGUAAACAAGGGCGAUCCCAAUGUGCUGGGCCUUGAGGAAUGCCAGGAGCCUCUUGUCAUUAUCAGCUUCGCCGUCAAUUGGGGAACAGCCGAGGACGACGAGGCCGUCACAGGUGCCGUACGCCGGACUAUUUCGCGUAUUGAGGAAUUAGCGGCUGCGAACGGCACAGCUCACCCAUAUCGUUUUUCGAAUUAUGCGGCCGAGUGGCAAAAUCCAUUGCAAGGGUAUGGGGAGAACAGCUUGCGGUUUAUGCAAGAUGUCAGCAAGAAAUAUGAUCCAGAGGGGCUCUUCCAGACAGGAUGCUUGGGUGGUUUCAAGCUCGAUAUCGGGCAGAACUCAUGA